AUGUAUCAUGGAAUGAACCCGAGCAGCGGGGAUCCAUUCCUAGAGAAGCAGCAGCAGCAGUCCCUGUCCCCCCGGAGACUCUUCGUGGUGAUCUUGUGGCUUCAGCUGGCGCUGUGCUUCGGCCCUGCACAGAUCACGGGCGGAUUUGAUGACCUCCAUGCUUGUGUUGAUCCUGGAGUCCCUGAACAUGGAUACAAGACACCCAGUGCAGGUGUUUUCUUUGAAAGUGCUGUAGUCCGGCUUCACUGUCAAGAAGGAUACAGGCUUAAGGGUCCUUCGAAAAAGAUUUGUGUGAGACAUUUUAAUGGCUCCUUGAGCUGGAAACCAAGCGAUAAACCUGUGUGCCUACAAGAAGAUUGCCUUGUUCCACGUGUUGAAGAUGCAGAGGUUCAUAACAAGACAUACAGGACUGGAGAUAAGUUAAUAAUCAGUUGUCAUGAAGGAUUCCAGAUCCGUUACCCCGACUUAGACAACAUGGUUUCAAUAUGUCAAGAUGAUGGAAUGUGGGAUAAUCUGCCCAUUUGUCAAGGUUGCCUGAGGCCAUUGGUUCUUCCUCAUAGUUACAUUAACAUAUCUGAGUUCGAGUCCUCCUUCCCAGUAGGAACAGUGGUAUAUUAUCAGUGCUUUCCUGGAUAUAAACUAAAGGGGACAAAGUUCCUUGAGUGCAUGUAUAACCUUAUCUGGUCACAUAGCUCACCUAGGUGCCUUGAUGUGGAAGUUUGUCCACUACCUCCAAUGGUGAUUCAUGGAGAUUAUAUUUGCCAUCCGCGGCCUUGUGAGCGUUAUAACCAUGGAACUGUGGUUGAAUUCUAUUGUGAUCCUGGUUACACUCUUACCAAUGACUACAAAUACAUCACCUGCCAAAAAGGAGAAUGGUUUCCCUCAGCUCAAGUAUACUGUGUCAAAACAGAGCAAACCUGGCCAAAUACACAGGAAACCCUCCUGACUACAUGGAAAAUAGUGGCAUUUACUGCUACCAGCGUUCUACUGGUACUUCUGUUGGUUAUUCUAGCCAGGAUGUUCCAGACCAAAUUUAAGACGCAUUUCCUUCCAAGAGGUGCCCAGGAGAGUUCCACCAGCAACCCCGACUUCGUGGUAGUGGAUGGUGUUCCUGUCAUGCUGCCUUCCUAUGAUGAAGCUGUGAGCAGUGGUUUGAAUGCCUUGGCACCGGGAUACUCAUCUCCUGCAGGCCAGGGGCAAGUUUUGCAGACAGACGAUCAGAACCCUCCAGCUUAUCCCGGCCCAGGAGAGACAGACACAUUACCUGCUGAAUUUGAGAGCUGUGAUAGCAUAUCAGGCUCCUCCGAACUUCUCCAAAGUUUAUAUUCAUCCUCUGUGUGCCAAAUGGGCGUGCAUCCUAUUUCAGAUAGAACUGAGGUGAUCAAUAGCACCACUGGGGAGGCUGCAUCCACAAGCCCAAGUAUCGAUAUUGCAGAUGAAAUUCCAUUGAUGGAAGAAGACCCUUAA